AUGGCCCACUGCCACGACAUCGCCGCCUACUCCAUCCAGGAGGAGAAGAGGGGCAAGGUCUACCAGGAGGAGGACAUCUUUGCGCAGGUGAUGGUCGAGGAGGACCUGUUCCCCGAGGACGACGGGUACGACGUGGUGCUCAGCAAUGCCGUCUUCAUCAGCCCCACGACGAAGCCGCUGCCCACUCCUCCCGCCCACAGGCGCGCCGCCGCAGCCAAGAAAACGACUCUGUCGAUGGGCGAUGGCCGUGACGACCAAGCCGAGGAGCAGGAGCAGCAGGAGGCCUUCUUCGACGGGUCGCACCCUGCGACGACGCUUGGCGGCGGAAAUGUGUCGACAUCAUGCCCUCAAAUUCCGCGCCUGUCAUUGGUUCCGCAGCAGAGGACCUACGUAGCAAACUACAACUCCGAGCAUCACUGUGCCGACGCGUCUGGGGCUGCGGUUGCCGGGGUCGAUGACCACGACGAUGGUGGUGACGACGGCGAGGAGCGCGGCCGCAAGGUCAAGUCGCCCAGGGGCGACAGUGUCGACGUGCUGGGCAUGCCCGAUGACGAACAGGUCCACCAGAACCACCACCACCGCGAGGCAGCGCCGGCCCGGCGACGCCUCCCGCCCGGCGCCGUGGGCUACGGCCAGAUCGUGCCCACCCACUUCGAACUCCGCAAGACCGGCGGCCCCCACAGCAAGCAGCUGGGCGGAUCCGUGGAGAAGGCGACGGCGGAGAAGCCGGAGUUCAUGAAGGUGGUGCUGGCCAACAGGUCGGCCCCGACUUCACCCCGGUCGCCCACGUAUGAGAUGGACAUCGGCUCGUCGUCGUCGACGGCCUUGUACAAGGCCAAACACGGCGCGCCCAUCAACGCCGACCACACGGGUGGAGGAAGCAGCGACGCCAGCCUACAGGCAACCAAGAAGUGGCCGCUCGGCAGACGACGCGCAGAGACUGACGUCAGCCGCGGCUCGACCACCGGCCCAUCGUACGAGUCUUUCCCACGUCCGUCGCUCGGCUCAGCCUCGUCGUGCACCAUGUCGCGCGCCGAGCAGGAGCGCCGAGUGCGCAAGGAGUCGAUGGAGUACAUCGAGUGCCCGCUCCCGCCGAUGCCCGAGGCCGAGUGGUGGAACGCAGAGGGUUCGGGCGCGCCGGAACAGCUCUACGACGAUGUCGUCAUCGACGGCGAUGGCGACGAGCUCGCGCCGUCGACGCCCAAGCCCGACGGCGGCUCGAUCCACUUCGACCUGGGCAAGGGCAAGCACGAACACGGCGGCAGCAAGCAGCUCGGCUCCUCGAAGUCAGCCAUCUCCUACGUCGACGAGGAGCGGCGGAGGAAGAAGUGCGUCGUCCAGUAG